AUGUCACCAACGCUUCGUCGUUCCUGCACCGCAUGCUACAAGUACAAACACAGCUGCGAUCUCCGCACCCCGCGCUGCUCGCGCUGCAUCAAGCGCAAGGUCCAAUGUGUCUACGCCAAUCAACCCUUAACGGCGCCGGAGGAGACCGGAUCGUCCACGUUGAGCAGCUACAGGUUCCCCGGUCUCGACCCCUUCGACUCCUACCCUCUAACUCGUCUACCCCGGGAGCGCGUGCAGCGUCUGAUCCAUAGCUUUUUGCACAAAAUCGCAUUCCAGUACUACCCGCUGGAUCUGAACGCCACUACCAAUCCCUUUCUCAUCUCCUGGUGGCCGUUGGCGCUGGGGGAUCCCGCUCUGUUCCACGUCUCCCUGCAGACAGCGUGUCUGGAUGAAGAGCUGCUAGCCCAAAAAGGAUUCCAGGGCUCCGAGAUCCUCAUGACCGACUCGGUAUCGCUCCUCCGCCGCAAGAUCGAAGAUCAGUCACUGGCUGUGCAGGACGGCACCAUGAACUCUGUCAUCACUCUAGCAGCCAUCGAAUUUGGAAAGGGCAACGUUGACAUCGCGAUGAUGCAUAUCAACGGCGUCAAGAAACUAGUCACCCUGAGGGGUGGCAUCAGUUCCGUAAGACAGACCAGCCCGUUGACUGCUAGAAUGAUCAGCUGGGUGUCGAUGAUUGUUACAGGCUGUCCCCAAUUUGAGACUCAGGAUGAUGUCGGUGUCGGAGACGGUAUACCUCCGAUUCCUGAAUGGCAGUUUGUUUCACCGAUGUCCCUGCUUCCGGAAGACAAAACAACCGACUUUUUCGACAUCAUUGAAAACGACGUCGAGAGCUCAGUCCAAAACGUCUUCAUCCGUCUCCGCAACAUUUUUCAACGUGCGCGAAGUAUACCAUUUCCUCCAACCCACCUUCAUGACCUUACCUGUUUCGUCAUCCACCGACUACUCCUCUCAGCAACUGGAGACACCACAGUAACACCAAUCACCGAAUGCAUACGCUACGCCACCAUUCUCUACAUGUUCAUCGUCCAUGGACCGACCUACUAUUCACACGCCGUCGUUCUGAACACGAUGGUCACACGAUUUGUGCAGCAGCUCAAGCUGCUCGAUCGGCAGCCCCGUGUGCACACCUCGCUUGACGUCUGGUUCGUGACGAUCGGCAUGGUGGCUGCUACUGGGACUGACCCUGCCCGUUACCAAUGGUUCUUAGGGAGGGCCAGUAUGAUUGCUUCAGGAACGUUACAGCUGUGGAAUAUGAGUGACGCAAUGGACAAAGUCAAGAGAGUCCUAUGGUUUGACACACCGCAGGGAGAUGCCAUUUUCCGCCCGCACUGGGAUGUGGUUUUCAACGAUGCAGCAGACAUGUUGGUACACCGGCUCGAUCUGGCGGUCUGUGUCUCGUCGAGCGAUGCUGAUGAAGGGCUGUUACAAGCCAUGCACAUGCCCAAUACAUUGUAUGAGACAACGGCACUUGAAGACUAA